ACAGAAGAGAAGCGGCGCCGCAGAGUGGAUAUUCUGCUUGCGUGCAACUGAAGAGAGAGAGAGAGCAACGCAAUACCGGCGUGGUCCUGCCGGAGAAGCACCGUAGCAUCCGGGAUCGGCUCGUCGUCUUCUACAGAGUGAAAGAGCGCGCGCAACGCGGUCUUCAUCGCCAUCUCAAGGUCCAGCGCGCAGUCGACGCCCUCCAGCGUCUACUGUACGACCAUACCACAGCGCAGAAAGCGACUGGGCAUCAUCACGCGCGCACUUGGCCAAACAAAGCAAAGGCAUCCAGCUGGCAUUGCUUCACAAGCUUCGUGCGUUCACUCCUUUCCCCCUUCCUCUCACUCACCUAGAGGUCCAAUCUCAGCUGCCGCCUAGUUAGCAACUCCGCCAACGCAAGGCUGUCGUCGACGCCGCCGUACAAGCGAUUUCCGUGGUCUGUGUCUCGGUCUUCCAUGGCUUCUUCGUCAAACUUUUCGUCGUCGUCGUCAUCGUCGUCAUCUGGGGCAGGCUAUGGAGCUCCGCUAUACAGCGGCUCAGGCGGCGGUGGAAGUCUAGGUGGAUCAGGGGGUGCAGGUCAGGGAGGCGCUGGACCUUCUGGCGCUGGUAGCUCGCCUGGAAACAAGUACCAAUGUCCAAAUUGCGGCAAAGCUUUUAGCAGGGAUGAUCUCCUACGCCGCCAUCUAGCUCGUGAGGCCCGCUCAAUGGCUCAACCCCAGUUCGACCGUCAGAAGUCCUGCUUCGAGUGCGCUCGCAGCAAAGCGAGGUGCGAUCUAGAAGUCCCCUCAUGCGGACGCUGCCGGGCGCGAGGCAAGCAUUGCGUCUACGGUGCUCGCUCAGGCAACCCAAAUGUCCGUCGACAGCGAGACUCUGUUGCCCCUCCUGCCAACCUAUCAAGCAUGUCCAUCGGUACUGGGUCCCAGCACAGCGACAUGGGCGGCGUCGGCUCCAGUAGCAGCCCAUAUGGCUGGGCCUCGGGCGGUGAUACUUCUUAUUACUCUGACUCUAGCCAUGGCUCAGUGCCGCAAACCCCAGGCUCCAUCCACUCCAAUGACGACUCGGGAUCAGAGAGCGGCGUGGCCUGGUCUGAAUCGGGUCAGGUGCCCUAUGGCGGCCCUCAUGCUCAUAACUACGCUUCGUCGAGCGCCAGCUUGCCCCUGCAAGCGACGGGCGCAUACGGAGGCGGGCCCACUGCUGGCCACGCUGUCGGCCAAGGAGGAGGCAUAAUGGCACCGCCGAUUGGCCCCAUCGACCAGGCUCCCGUCGUCACACCCACCACAUUCAUGGCGAGGCACAGUCACGGCCCAUCGAUGGCUUCCACUGGUCGUCUCAUCACAGAUCUGGAUCGCAGUGCGCCCACGUACAAGAAUGAAGACGGCGAAGAAACGCCCAUUGGUCGCAUGGUGAAUUCCUUCGCCGCGGGCCCCAGCUCCAUGACUGCUCGAGGACCUGAUCCCGCACUGGAUCGAAGGCCGAGGGGUGGGAUGGGACCACCCAUGCAACACCUGCCGCCAUCGGGUCAAAUGGGCCAACAUGGGCCCAUGCACCAGCAGCAGGGAGCGCCUCACCAUCUCCAGCAGCAACAGCAUUCCCACGCCCAAUCACCGCAUUCGCAACAUUUCUCCUCCUCGACUAGCUGGAUCCCGCAGACCCAUUACGCGCCCAUGACCUCAACGCCCCCAAACAACAACCAGCAGCAAGGCUCUAGCUCUCUAAUGGGCCCGCCCGUGGGCCUGCCUCAUCGCAUGAAUGUACCUGGUGAAGGCUCCUCCUCAUCCCUGCCCUUUGCGUCUCCCACACGAGGUCCACCAGGGCAGCGUCCCCAACCUCAUCGUCUACUCACGGGCGCAGCCAUGCCUCAACCUCCGCAAUCGAGCAGCGGCACCAAUGUCAGCGGCAUCAACAUGCCACCGGGCAGCGGCAAGCCGCUCUUCAGUGCCAUGGUCGAUCUGACAGGCUGGCUAGAGGACCCUGUCGUGCCUUCCCCUCUCUAUCCCACUGGACCCAGCAUGGCACCCUUUGCUCCAAGUGGAUUGGAUGGUAGCGUGCCAGGCGAUGUCUCAGGCCAACAGCAGCCGCAAGCGUCCCUCGACACGUUGAUGCAGGGCAACGAUCAAUCUCAGCAGCAGCAGACCCAGUCGUCCUCUUCGCAGCAACAGAUCCCCGCCUCGCGGUACUGGUGGGCCAAUCCUCCCUCGCACUCAGACUACAAUCUGAUGCAGGGCGUAGCGCAGGCUUCCGCAAAUCACCUCUCCCACUAUCCGGCGCUCAUGGUUCUGCCCGAACCCAGCAGCCCUGUACCUCCCACGGUGCACCGCAGCUGGAUGGCCACGAUGCGUGGCAAUAUCCCCGCCUACCUCGCCAUCGCCCGCGUAGUCCUCGCAGGGUACGCCGUGCGCCUCCCCGCCUCCGAGGCCGUGGUCUGGGAAUCUGUGGCACGCGAGGCGCGUCGCAUCGUAGAGAGUCACGAAGCCAUCAGCUCUGAUGCCUGCUCAGCGCUUGAGCUGUUCGGAGCUACGCUGAGCUUGUUCUUCUACUGCAUCCUCCUCAUGAUGUGCAACGAUGCUGGUGCGGUGGGUCAUGUGGAUGUCGGGCUGACCAACUCGGCCUUCUUUGGGUUGAGCCAAUUGGCUGGGGCCCUUGCUCGGAGAGUGCAGGCGGCGCAAGCCCAAGCUCAGCAGAAGGAGCAACAACGAAGCAUGGAGGGCAAUGGUAGCAGCAAUGCGGGCAGUGAAGAGUGGAUGGAAUGGGGCUUCGUUGAAUCGAUGCGUCGCACGGUGUGGGCAGCAUACGCCAUGCUGGUCCUGCAACGCUACCGCGACUCGGCGGACAUGUCUCAGGGCAGGCUGGCAGGGGUGGACCUCAUUCUGGAUGUUCAGCUGCCUGCUCCUGCCCUUGAAUUUGAAGCGGGCACACUUGAGGAUUGGAAGAAGGCAAAGGCCGCGCUCUACAGUAGCGAUGAGUCAGGUAGCGUUCGCAAGCCUACCCUCACCUUCCGCGAUCUGCUCAGGCAUCGACCCGUGCCCUCGAAUCCUUUCGCCGCUGGAUCCUCGUCAAGCAAUGGUGGAAGUUCGAGCGAUCCCUCUCGCGCCUCCUCGUCCUCAUCAGCAUCCUCUGGCGCGUCUGGCUCGGCGCCGAAAGAGCUCCUCGACUACUUUGAGCGCCACGACGCAUUCGUCGCUACGGUGCUUAGCAUUGCCUUCUGUUUGGACGCGAAUUUGAGCUCCGGAUGAAGUAGGUCCAGGUCAAUGGGAUGAAAACGCGCCCAUGGUCGUCGUCUAUUGAUUCGAGACAUCAAUUUCUGUAUUACCACCCAACGUUUAUCGUGUCUCUCGUUUCCCUUUGUCCUCUAGCAUCCACAAUACAAGGGGCCCGCUUUCCCC